AUGCCUUUCAAGAAAUUCAGACCAAAGGUUUCCAUUUACCAAGUCUGUGUAACUAUACUCGAAGCGAAGCACUUGCCGCAAAAUGCGAAUCCACUGGUCGUCGUUAAAGUCGGGAAUCGCAAAAGAAGAACCGUGGUACGCGAGAGGACCGAUAAUCCUAUUUAUAACGAGUACUUCGUAUUCGACUUCACAUGUAGUCUGGAUACUCUACUAAGCACGAGAAUCACGAUAGCCGUGUAUCUGAGGAAUUUUCUUCGGCGAAGGUUUCAUGGAAGUAUUUCCUUUGAAGUCGCAACAGUAUGGGAACAGCCAGACCGACAAUAUUUUCAUAAAUGGGCUGUGCUAAUGAACCCAAAAAAUCCGUCGGCGGGUCCAAAGGGUUACGUAAAGUGCAAUAUUACGGUGAACGCGAAAGGUGAAAAGGUGAAGGUGCAUCCAGAAACGGAAGGCGAAGAUGACAUCGAAGGGAAUUUAUUGCUGCCUAUUGGAAGCGAGAAGCUGCCUUUUAGGCAACGCGCGCGUUACAUUUUCACGGUUUAUCGCGCCGAUGGAUUGCCAGACAUGAGCAGCCUGUGCAGAAAAAGUGAUUUCGAGAACAUUAAUCCCUACGUGCAAAUAUCAUUCGCCGGGAUGAAAGGAUCGACAAGCGAAGAGUGGCAAACCUACUCCCCGAAAUUUCACGAGGGCAUCAUUUUCAAGGAAAUGUUUCCUGUUCUCUGCCAUCGUGUGCGAAUCGCUAUAAAACACCGUAUCGACAGUUGUCGAACGUGCGUUGUAGCAGUUCAUAUCCUGGACAUGACAAAGAUUUCGAAUUCCGGAGAGUACGGAUUCCUACCAACGUAUGGGCCGUCUUUUAUCCACUUUUACGGAUCCGGCUCAGUAGAGAAGGACGGUUGUUCGGGCCGAUGUUUGAUGGCGAUGCCUUUGUAUCGCGGAAGGGUACUUUUGUCGUUGAAAACUGAAAUGGAUGACCCAGAAGCGUCCCCGGGAAUCCGGGUUGAGACACUUUCGGCAUUUCCCAUUAUCGAGAAAAGCCUGUGGUCGACCGACGAAUACCUCCUGGUAGGCGUGCUUUAUGAUGUGUGCAUGAUCGAUCGUUCUCGAUUCGGAUCGAAAUUGAUUAGCUUCGAAUUGAGUCUGGGAAACGCGGGCAAUCGGCAAUUUCUACAUAGCCAAUGCUCUGAGAGCAAUAACGACGACCAAUCAGCGGAAUUCUUUGAAAACUGGUCACCGUUGUUGACUCUUGUCUUCUUCAAGCUAUUUGUCAAAUGGAAAAUAUCACUGUCGAAGUCACGCGAGAGUUUCGGGAGACCAUAUUUAGCCCUGAACGUGCGACGAAAAUAUACUCAUCGUCUCUGUCUAUUCUCGACUUUGGCAGAAAACGAGCUGCUAAAAAAGCGACCGAACUUCGAGAGCCAAUCAGUUCCGCGAGCUACUGGCAGCUUGGACGGCAGAUAUAAUUAUGUACCCUUGGGUUCUAGAAAGCCUUGUCUGUACGUGAGGUCUUGGUGGCCAAAUUUGGAAUGGCGGAUGUACAAUAGCAAUAAUCUCCGAUAUAUCGCCGACUUUUUGGAGGUAAGACUAGAGAAAUUAGAGGCUCUCAUGGCUACGCAGAAUCCGACAGCUUUCGAGGUUUAUAACGAGACGAUCCGCGCGUUGAAAGCUCACUGUAAGCGCUAUCUAUAUAUAUUGGACACCGGCAAGUAUGAAAAGAAAGGUGGAACUACUAAACUCGAUCGCCAUCGCGCGAGCUUGUGUCUAAAAAGCGUCGAAAACAUUCUCGAGAGGAUCAAGAUCAACGGCGAACUUCCAAACAACAAUUACAUGAGAAUCGCCAUGAUUCACGGGCAUCAAUACUUGAAAAAAUUGCGGAAACUGUGCGAAGAUCCUCAGCACAGUCUGCCAGACGUCUUCAUCUGGAUGAUCGCCGGCUCGAAGCGAGUCGCUUACUCGCGACUAUCCGCGGAGCAGAUUGUUCAUUCCGAGGUAGCCGUCGAGGCAGGCGCAAAAUGUGGCCGACGAUUCAGCCUCUUCCCCGGAAAUCCGGACGACGAGGACAACAAGGGCAUCGAGCCCAGUGCCUGUAAAAUCGAAGCCUUCUUGUGGCUCGGCAACGCAAAGUACGCCGCUGCCUGUUGGAGCGCGAUCCCUCCGGGAUACGAGAUCGAUCAUGGAUCCAACGUCAAUACCUUCCCGAAGUACAUCGAGUACAAUCGGUCCUCGACGUUCCAGUUGCGAGCUCAUAUAUUUCAAGGUCGCUUCGAUCCUGGAAUGGACGCUUCCGGCUUGACGGACUCCUUUGUACGUGUCACGUUCCAGGGAUACACGACUUCCACGCGAGUGAUAAGGCAAAGUUUAGAUCCAUUUUGGGAUCAGACGUUAAUUUUUCCCCCAAUUGUCCUACACGGCACUAAUGAAUACAUUAAAUCGUCACCACCUGAAGUUGUCCUGCAGGUUUUCGACCAGGAUCUAUGCGCCACGAAGGAAUUCUGCGGCAAAUGUAUCGCGGUGCCAUUAGUGAAGCUUGCACUAGAAACUUACUCGCCGCCCGAUUUUCCACCGAAAUUACAAUGGUACGAAUUUCAGCCGCGAAAAGAUUGCAUCGGCUCGAUCCUCGCCGCUUUCGAAUUGAUAGAAAUUUUGGAUGUUCCAUUGGAUACGCCAGCGGAAGAUAAGAUUUACAGCAUCCCAGCGGAUAUCAGACCAAAAAUGGCAAGCUACAGGCUCGAGGUGAUCUUUUGGGGUGUUCGCGACAUGAGGAAGAUAAAUUGUAUGCCGGUUCGUAGACCAAGAAUUAUAGUGGAAUGCGCUGGAAUCCACGUCAAGUCGGAAGUGAUGAAGAACGCAAAGAGAUUCAGCAACUUUGAGGAGCCGCGCAUUAUAAUUGAGCUGGAAAUGCCGGAACUUGACAUUUAUUAUCCGAGCAUCACUAUAAAGGCUUACGACUCCCGUGGAUUCGGUUGCUUCAAGUAUGCAGGGAUCUGUAUUAUACCCAACAUCCAUGUGUUCCUGGAGCAAUUAAUAACUGCGGAGGAUUAUGAUGCGCAGAUAUAUGAGCCGAAAUUUAUGCAAAAAUUUCGAUUAGCGGAACGACAGGCGGCGGUAGUGUUACCUUUACCAAUCGAUUAUAGUCCUUCGAAAGAGGAGAUCAAGGGUCUCAUUGCAUAUAAGAGAAUGGCUGGAACGGACAUCCUCUCCAAGCUGAAGAGGUUGUUUGUAAUUAUAAAGAGGAUAUUGAAAUUCAAGUUCUUUACCAGGAGAAAAAAAGUAGAAAUUUACGGAGACAAUGAUGAUGAGACUCUCAGUUGGUGGAGUAAAUAUUUUGCUUCCCUUCAGGAAGAGCGAAAUAGAGAAUUGGGAAUCACGACAACGUUUCGUCGUAAAUUCGUGGCAACAUUCAAGAUUUAUUCCACGGAACUAGAGAUGCAGCCGCAAUUCGAGGGGUUUCAGGACCGGCUGAGCACUUUCGAGUUGUGGCGCGGAAGAAGAGGCAAGACACACUAUCGGGUUGAAGAUAAUUGUACCGGCAAAUUUAAGGGACAUAUUUCUAUAUAUCGAUGGCCGCAUCCUGACAAGCUUCCAUGCAAAACGAGAAACGGGAGAGACGCGGCUAAUGGCCUGUGCAACGAUUAUCCGCCUCAAGAGCCUGUUAAGCUGCUCGUUAGACUGUACGUCGUAAAGGGCAUCAACUUACAGCCUAAGGAUCCUCUCAGCGGCAAGUCCGACCCGUAUCUUUACGUAAAGCUGGGAAAAAAUUCCAUCAGCGACAGGAAGAAUUAUAUACCCAAUCAAUUGAACCCUACGUUUGGCCGCAUGUUCGAGAUCGAGGCGACCUUCCCGCAGGAUUAUAUGUUAGAGAUCCAAGUGUGGGACUUUGAUGCCGCGACAGCCGAUGAUCUGAUCGGCGAGACGCGAAUCGACAUCGAGAAUCGAUUCUACAGCCGGCACCGGGCCCAUUGCGGAAUCGCGAGUAUUUACAGUACUACCGGUUACAAUGCCUGGAGAGAUCGCGAGAGGCCGACGCAGAUUCUGGAGCUCCUCUGCAGAAGGAACAACCUACCGUUACCGGAAUACGGCGAACGCGAAGUUAAAAUCGGCAAGAAAUCAUUUCCCUUUCACGCCGUCAUCGAACGCGAAGACGAGAUUAACAGAGAAGAAUGCAUGGCUCUAAAUGUGCUUCAUUCUUGGCAAGAUUUUCCUAUCUGCGGAUGCGCCCUCGUAUUAGAACACGUCGAGAGACGACCACUUUUCAACGCUAAGAGGCCCGGUCUCGAGCAGGGCAAACUCGAAAUGUGGAUCGAUAUGUUUCGUGUCGGACAAUUGCCGCCGAAAGCUGCGGUCAACAUUGCUCCUCCAACACCGGAGGAAUAUGAAAUUCGCGUAAUCAUUUGGAAUACCGAGGAUGUGCCGCUGGUCGAAAGCCAAUUUCUCACGGGAGAGAAGUGUUCCGACAUUUACGUCAAGGGAUGGAUCCUAUACGAGGAUUAUCAGAAAACCGAUGUUCAUUACAACUCUCUGACCGGCGAGGGCAACUUUAAUUGGAGAUUCGUGUUUCGUGUCACGUAUUCGAAGGGCGAAAAUGUCAUGAUAAUUCGCAGGAGAAUAUCAGUCUUCGCUAAAAACGAGACUGAGGAAAAAUUGCCCUGCAAACUUCAUUUGCAAGUCUGGGACAGCGAUCAUUUUUCUUCGGACGAUUUUCUAGGAGAGUUGACGCUUGACUUGCCGAGAAUGCCGCGGGGCAGCUCAAACUCCAAAAACUGUACGAUGAAAUUACUUGAACCGCAAUCACCAACCAUAAAUUUAUUUAAAGUUACGCGAACUAGAGCUUGGUGGCCAUUUGCUCGCACUAUCGACAGCGGAAAAUAUAUUCAAGCGGGUAAAGUUGAGUUGGAAAUAUCUAUUUUGCGAGCAAUGGAUGCGAACAAUCAACCGGUAGGAAAAGGAAGAGAUCCGCCUCAAAAUCUUCCAUAUCCAAGGCGACCUGACACCUCUUUCUCCUGGUUUCGCAAUCCGUGGAGAGCGUGCCGCUUCGUCGUUUGUCGCUAUUAUAAAUGGCGAAUAGUCUGCUGUUUUGUAUGCACCCUAUUCGUGCUUCUAGUAGCAUGUGGAAUUUAUGCUUUCCCCGGAUAUUUUGUUAAGCGUCUCUUAGGAGCUUAA